AACGCACAGCCCACGGCGCGCAAGUUUAUUGUGUGGUUCACAGAAUAAAGCCAUAAAGCUGCACUCUAUUCUGUGGCCUGGACCACAGAAUAGUCACUGCGUUUAGCGACAGUUCAGGCGGUUCAGGCAAGUUCAGGUAUUCAGGGGUUGCGCAGGUGCAUUCGGAGCAGAGGUUUAUCGUGACAUACCUGGAGCUCUUAACAUGGAGCUUGCAAGAUCUUUUAUUUCUGAGAAAUGUCCCGUCAAGAAACUCGCGCUUCUUCGAGCACUUCGCGCCACUCUCGGGACGCUACGGCCGGACGACGCGAAGACCGACAGUGGCACACUUUAUGCGCUGGCCCAGUCGCUUUUGCUCAGUGGCAUCCCGAAAGAUUCAAGCGACGACGAAGAGAGGGAGCACAAGAAAAAGGACUUCCCCGGCGUUGCUGAAGCUGCCACCGAAGGAAUGAUUUGCGCCCACCUUCUGAUAAGGACCGUCGCGUCGGAGUUCACCGAACACCUUGCAACGCCGUUGCGAGUUCUCUGUUUCGCACACAGCAAAUCUGAAUUGCCGUGGUGCAGUGAUGAGUCGGUCGCUGCAUCGUCAGCGCUAUCGUCGCAACUCAACAGCUCGUUUUCGGCGCCAGAGUUACGACUUUCCGUGCUGAAGUAUAUUCGGCCAAAACUGGCAAAGAAGACCUGGAAGAAGAAUCCUUGCUACAGGUACGUCUAUCGGGAAGUGCUGUUUGAUCUUUCUCCGAAUGACGUGCGUGACGCGCUGUCCGUCGUCGUGGCACCAGCGUUGCUGCUUGUAGACGACUACAUGACGUACAACCAGAGACUUGGUCUUGCCUGCGUUCGCCGUAUUGUUGUCAGUGUUCCACCGAGUGAACUUGAUCAGUAUGGCCGCCUCGAGCUGCUAUUUGACGCUCUCAAACAUUUGCUGUACGUUAAAGAGCCGGACAUAAUUGUUCAACUCCACACGUGUUUACGGAAUCUGAUCUUCGCAGACUAUCUGGACGCUCUUCACAUCAAAGAUCACAGGCGCCAAAUAAUGGCAGGUGACGUGUAUUGCGAGGUGCUCACUGCUGCUGAAGUGGAGCAGACAUUUGCCCUAAGGAAGGCUUACUCCAGCCAGUUUUCACCCUACAUUAGAUGCCUUGGAAUGGAUGUUGCCAAGUACAUGAACAGGACAUUAAGAGUCCUGUUGGAAUACAUUCAAGUGGAGGACACGGAUGAGCAGACCUGUAGGAGAAAUGCCUUGUUGUCAUUAGCAGAACUUACCAAACAGAUGUGGCCAAGAAUAACAUUUCAUUUUGGCAGGAUUACAGAGAGCAUAUUCAAGCUUGCGUGCGACCAAUGUGAACAUCGGAACUCUGCACUUUGGGACGAGAUUGGCCGUUGCCUCGACUUGCUGCAACAAUCUUGUCCCGAACAUUACCAGCGUUUCCAUGAGGAUCUGCUUUUCCUUAGGGAACAGAACCUUCCUGGUAUUGCAUCAUUGCUUGCAUGCUCAUGUACUGAACAGAGAUAAGCAGUGUUGUUUCAUAUUGUUGUGUGGAUUUGGUCAAGGAAGAUGCUGAUGGCAGAGUUUCUGCAAUCUUGUUAGCAUGAAGUUAGCCAAGGUGUAUUUUAUUUGACCACAAAACAUUGUUGCUGCCCAGUAUUUUCCUAUGCUUGACUACACAUGCAGUGCAAGGAAGCUUGUGUAAAACACUGACAUUGAAAAAAAGUUCUCAUUGUUCACACACCGCUGAACAUUUAUUACAUAAACGGACACGCCAAAACUUUUGCGACUGGUUUUACUUGGACCACACAAUCUGCAACAAAAAGUGGUUCUUACCACAUGCAGUAUAGUGCAUUUCUAGCUUUUUAUUUAAAUGUCAUGCGCAUAGGCCGGAAAAAAAUGUGAAAAAAGGUCACUCACUCUGGACUCAGACUCGCCAAAAUUUUCCUUAACCAGACUCACUCAGACUCUCUGAAAUUUUUCUCAGCCGGGCUCACUCGGACUCAAACUCACCACUAUAUUACUCACUGAGACUCAUGACUCUAUCAGAGUCCGAGUGAGUCGACUCGCGAAUCGGUUAGCAUAUAAUUGGCUUUUUCGACCAUGGGUGUUAAUGCUCUUUAACACCAAUAUCUCACGUAAUUGGUGCUCUAUUUGGUGCCUUUUGAUCUCGUACCUUCAAAUAUGAGUUAUCAGUGGUUGCAAUCCAGUAAGGACAUUUUUAUUGAAAGAGGCGACUCACACAUGAUAUUUUUAUCAAAAACUUCCUGUGAAAGAGUGCGCGGGGAGGUCAACCCACCACAAAUGUAAUCUUAAUGCGAAACUAUUUCACCAAUGUGCCAGCGUAUUUAAUCCAGACGCUAGAUCGAAUAAGCGGCGCGCCAGUGAGUCCAAGAGCCAACAUGUUAGAAUUCCAUCUUUGCGCAGCGCACGAACUUGACAAGGACACAAGAGAAGAGGACGGUCCUUGUCAAAUUCGUGUGCUGCGCAAAGAUGGAUAAGUUCCAACUCGCCCGCCUAUCAAUCCUACUACAGUAUAUGUUAGAAUUCAAAUACCAGUAAGUUUAUUCCAUGCAGAAGAAGCAGCAAGAUGGGACAUAAAAAUGGCAGAACUAUUUUAAUAAAGCUCCUGAUGACCAGGCGUCGUGACAAAUGAACUAGGUUAAUAAUUGAGGCAAAAAAGAUUGUUGAAGCAAGUGAUUGCUGCGCGAGUGUGACUUCCAUAUCAUUAUCACAAAAAGAGCUGCAUUUUCUGAAUGUGACUGCGCAGCGAUGAAAUGUGACAGUGCUGUCUGUAUAAAGAGCACCCAUGUUUUUUCCAUGGCUGGAAGUGGUGGC